CCCGGCGGCCUGGUCCCAAGGCGCUGCAGCGCCGCGCGCCCCCGCCAGCUCGCAUCAUGAACACCAUCGUCUUCAACAAGCUCAGCGGCGCCGUGCUUUUUGAGGACAGCGGAGCUCCGGAGCGGGAGAGGGGCAGCAGGCCCUAUGGCGCCGUCCUGGACAGUCCCCACGCACGCACCGAAGUAGGCAUUCCCGACGGCCCGCCCCUCAAGAACAACCUCGGCCUGAGACACCGGAGGACAGGGACCCGGCAGAAUGGCGGGAAGGUGAGGCACAAGCGGCAAGCCCUGCAAGACAUGGCGCGGCCCCUCAAGCAGUGGCUUUACAAGCAUCGUGACAACCCGUACCCCACGAAGACCGAGAAGAUACUCUUGGCGCUCGGCUCGCAGAUGACGCUAGUUCAGGUCUCAAAUUGGUUUGCCAACGCAAGACGCCGCCUUAAGAAUACUGUUCGGCAGCCAGAUUUAAGCUGGGCUUUAAGGAUAAAAUUAUACAACAAGUAUGUUCAAGGAAAUGCUGAGAGACUUAGCGUGAGCAGUGAUGACUCAUGCUCUGAAGAUGGAGAAAAUCCUCCAAGAAACCACAUGAAUGAGGGGGGCUAUAACAAGCCUGUUCACCAUCCUGUGAUGAAAAGUGAGAGCUCAGUCAUCAAAACCGGAGUGAGACCAGGGUCAAGUGCAAGUGAGGACUACGUGUCACCCCCGAAAUAUAAGAACAGCUUGCUGAACCGCUACCUUAAUGACUCUUUGAGACAUGUCAUGGCCACAAAUGCUGCCAUGAUGGGAAAAACAAGGCAAAGAAACCAUUCGGGGUCAUUUAGCUCCAACGAAUUUGAGGAAGAAUUGGUAUCUCCAUCAUCAUCGGAAACUGAAGGCAACUUUGUCUACCGUACGGACACUCUGGAAAAUGGAUCCAAUAAGGGUGACAGUGCAGCUAACAGAAAGGGACCGAGCAAGGACGACACGUACUGGAAGGAGAUCAACGCGGCCAUGGCCUUGACGAAUCUUGCGCAGGGAAAAGACAAGCUGCAGGGCACAGCCAGCUGCAUCAUCCAGAAGUCGUCGCAUAUAGCAGAAGUAAAGACAGUCAAAGUGCCGCUGGCGCAGCCCUUCUAGGAACUGGCGGCUUUUAGGAUCCAGUGGAUAUUCUUCCCGUCAGCGGUUCCUCAUACAUCCUCACCCUAUGAGCCGCAGCAGAGUGGCAAUGCCUCCUUUCCCAACAGGGCCGGAGAAGCAGUUGUUCUUUUCCACCUCGCCUUUAUUUUUAAUUAUCCUAAAAAUAUCAUUUAGUUGCUUCUAUAAAUGACAUGUAAGUUAAAAAAAAAAAACCUCAUUUUAAUCAAAAAUAUUAACUUAUUUUAUGUUACUCAAACUAUGCAUCAGAUGUCUGCAUUGCCAUUCCAGUAAGUGCCUUGCUUCCCAAAAAUAAGCUACAACGUGGGCAUGGGGGAAGAGCUAUGCCUCAAAAUGACAACGCCAUUAUGCUUAUUAGUCUGUGGGUAUCAUUCCAGGUGGACCUAAGCAUCCCGGGACUGGAACCAUAAUUGCUGAAAGCCUUUACGAUGUAUUCAGUAAUUCAUAUGUUAAAACUUGGAAAUCUAUUCACCCCAAAAGAAAUGUUCCCUUCAAAAAAUUCUAGAGUAUUUUAAAUUGUCCGGUGUGCUUUUCAGAGGGACAGUGGGAUUCUUAUGCAUGUUUCUUGCCUGCAAAACUGGUAUGUUACCAACUUCCAAAAUGAAAGAAAGGUACCGUGACCUGCAUAAGGUGUACAUUUAAGAGAUGAUUCCUUCAAACUAACUGGAAAUAACAAUGAACCCAUUGUGAUUUGAUACAUUUUUUUCAAGCCUUGCUGGAAAUCACCACAAUGCCCUUUAGAGUUAAUUUGUAUUUUCUUUUUCUUGAGUUUGGCCAAAGUUUGGUUUUGUUUUGUUCUUUAAAGACAUAAUUACAUAAAAAACUCAAAAUUUUCCUGUAUAGAACUGAACCUAUAGUUUAGUCUAAAGACAUAGUACCAUUUGCGUUACAGCUCAGUGUUUUUUGUGAUGGAAACUGUUUUUCAUAUGGAAUAACCAAAAACCUUUUAUUUGGUUCAUUUCAAAUUACAGUUGUUGAUGGACAAUUUGUGUUGCAAUGAGAACAAGACAAUGAAAUGUAUCUUUACGUGAAUAUACAUAUACAUACAUAAAGUUGAUUUUUAAAUUUAAAACACAUGAAAAGCAAAACAUUGAACAGUCUCUGGGUUUUGCCAAGUAGGGACAUUAAAGUCAAAAUGAAAUGAAAUCAUGCAUUAAAAGAAAGAACAUUUUGUUUCUAAAUUAGACUACCAUUGACUGAGAAUAAUCAAUACCAAGAGAGAAGAAUCUUUUUCAAUCAAACAGUCAUAUUCUAAUCAGCUUGGGAAGACUUGAAACUUGAAUAAACAAUGGAGAUGCCAAAUAUAACUGUGUAUGUGCUAAAGAAAAACCUAAAAGGGUUUGAUUCUUUUACGGUGGGAUUUUUUUUUUUUUCUGGAUAUAUAAUCUUUUUUUUGUAAUUCUUUUUUUUAACUGGAAAGCAUUUUUUGUGUGUCUGAAAGCCAGUAGUGCAGCCAUGUUGUGACAUUUUUCCUUAUUUUGCAAAAUGCUGGUAAAACCAAAGGCUGCUCCAGUUAACAUACAGACAAUAUCAGUCUUGAUAUAAAUUGUGCAACACUUUUUCAUGUAAUAUAGCAUUCGAGGAGGGGGUUUAUUUAGUGUAAUGAAGAUAAUUUGAUAUAAAAAUAUUUUGUGUGUGUAUAUAUAUAUUUACUUUGUUUUUUCAAAUUGCUGUUUGCAGUAACAGUAAGUGCAAAGCAAGAUGUGUUUGUGAUGACUGUAUGAUCAGAUGAAGUAUAAGUUCUUUGGCUUUAUUUAAAUCCUGGAGUAGUUACAGAUUGAUGAUAAAAACUUUGGAAUCUUACUACACCGAUUUCUUGCCAUAAUGUGAUCAUGUCAAUUAAAACUAAGGACAAAUACUUCACUCUUUUUCAUACUAUUAUAAGUUAUUCUGGCAUUAAAUAUUUUAAUAAAUUGUUUUUGUUUCGACGUAUUUAGUUAGGUGUAUGAAUCCUGGUUGUUUUUUAUUUGAUUAGUCAUGACUCAUUUUUGCCAUCUUUUUUUUUUAAAAAAAAAGGACCAGCAGAUUUGUUCUGUGUUAAAAACCGUAAAAGCCAAGCUGAUAUAGGACAGUAGCAACAUGAUUUUUUUUUUUUUUUAAAUACCACAUUUUGGAAUUUGGCCAUGAACAUGUCAAGAAGGUUUUACAAUUAGCCCAUCCUUGGCUAUAUCUCCAAUUGCAAUUACCUUUAAUUUAUUUUUUUGUUUUGCUGCUUUAACAUUUUCUGGAAAUUAAAAUCCACCCCUCCCAAUCCUUUCAAAGAAUCUUGAACAAUGCUGAGCCAGCAGCUGAGAAACUAACUCAUAAUUUAUGUUGUAGUGAAAUAGAAUUACCUCUCUUCUUUGUUUUGCCAUAUGUAAUCAUUUUAAUAAAAUUAAUACCUGCCAGGAAUCCUUGACAGAUUUAAAAUAAAAGUUAAUUUCUAGAACUCAAUAA